UUUUUUUCCUUUUUUGUCAAAUACCCAUUUCAAUUUAUGUUUCAAAGAUUAAACCUUUAUUAUACAGGAGUUCAUUCCAAUUGCAUCCUUACAUGAUCCCUUUACUCUGAGCUGUUGUUUUUUCUUCCAUUUAACUUUUCACGUAUUGGCAUAUAUUUGGUACAUGUUUAGAAGGAAUAAAAGAUGUUUCAGGCAUAAAUCUGAUUAUAUUUCUUUAGGAGAAAAAUGAUCAAAUUUGAAUUCCAAUGGCUAGGCUUAGGUAAAUUGUUAGAGUUGAAAGUCUGAAACAAAGAUCAUUGUUUUGAGUUUAUUUGCUGAAGCCAUGGAAGCCUUACUUGAAUAGUGUAUAAAGCUUAUUUUGGCUUCAUUGUUUCAUUAUGGUUAUGAUGAUGAUGAUUAAUUGAGUUAGUGUUGUUUAAUCGAGCUAAUGAUGUUUAAUGUUAUUGCGUUGUUCCAUUCUCUGCUGUCAUCUAGUACACGAGGUUCCAGAGAUGGAAGGAAAGAUUGAAAGCCAUACAACAUCAGCAGAAGCCUUUGUUGAAGGGGGGAUUCAAGAAGCCUGUCAUGAUGCUUGCAGUAUAUGCCUUGAGGAUUUUUGUGACAGUGAUCCUGCGUCGGUGACUAAUUGCAAGCACGAGUUCCACCUACACUGCAUUCUUGAAUGGUGUCAAAGAAGCUCCCAAUGUCCCAUGUGUUGGCAAUCUGUUAGCUUGAAGGAUGCUACCAGUCAAGAAUUGCUUGAAGCAGUAGAGCAGGAGAGGAGCAUAAGGGUUACCCCAUCAAGAAAUGUUGAUAUCUUUCAUCAUCCAACCCUUGAUGAUCCAGAAUUGCAGCAGUUUGAAGAGCGAAUAAUUCAACAUAUAGCUGCUGCGGCAGCAAUGAGGAGAGCACGGCACCUUGGUCACAGGGAAGGUCCUAGUACUCGGUCAUCUGCUCAUGGCCAUCCACAUUUCUUACUAUUCUCGGCACAGUCGAGUGCACAUCCAUCUAGUCCUGAAUCUGUUGCCGGAGAUGGAAAUGAACUGGCUGAAAUCCCUGUAGGAAGUCCAUCUACGCCACUUACAUCUGAUGGAGACGAACCAUCAACGUCUCAGCUGAUCGCACAUAUUCAAACUCGGAGCCCUUCUUUAGCUCACAGGUCUACUGUCUCGGCUACAAACCGUGAAGGGAUUCACCCUAAUGAAAGUUCUACCACUCAUUCUUCGACUUUGGACGGAGACAGAGCAGGGCCAUCCGAUCUCCAGUCAUUUUCUGAUUCUUUGAGGUCCAAAUUUAAUGCAAUGUCCCUGAGAUACAAAGAAUCGCUUUCGAAGGGCACAAGGGGAUGGAAAGAGAGGCUGUUCUCUCGAAAUUCUUCCGUGUCAGAACUCGGUUCAGAAGUCAAGAGAGAGUUGAAUGCUGGAAUUGCGAGUGUAUCCCGAUUGAUGGAGCGCCUCGAAUCUAGAGAAAAUAAUAGAGUUGGGGAUGCAUCUUUGUCGAAUCAUUUGGCGGAUUCCUCCAUCCCUGAGACUAGCAACCAGCACAAUGUGGAAGCUCUCGGAAGGAACUCUUCGCGCGGCAAUAAUUCUCAGGCCACUUUUUCUACUGGCUCAGAUUCAAACUAAGCAUUGUUUUUGUUUCUGUGAAUGCAUACUCCUCAGCAUCUCAUAUUUGAAGGCUAAUUGUUUGCCCAGAAAUGACAUGCUGAGGAGAUUAUGCCUUUGUUAUGUUCUGGUUUUCAAUUUUUUCUUUUAAAAAAAAAAGGGUCUAAAAGGAUAUUUGUGUCAAAAGCUGAGAACUCUUAGUCUUAUCUUGUGUAUAUUAAAUGAUGGGAACAUGGAGGAGUUUGUAUUUAAUCUGAUGGAGAAAUUGGUUUGAAAUUGAAUUAUCAGAAACUGGUGUCCUUAUAUUAAUUACUUUUGGUACAAUGGAACCCAAUGGGAAUAUAUGUGGA